UGGAGACACAAGCCCCUCAGAUGCGGCCUCGUGCGAGCCGCUAUAAUAAAACAUCAGCAGAAAAAAAGAGAGAGAGAGAGAGAGAGUUUCCUGCAGGAGGUGCUGCUGAGUGUGAAGGGUUAACGGGAGGAGGCGCAGCUCCUCUGGGUGGAGUGAAGCUCGCAGAACUUCAACACACAAAUUAGCCCCGAAGGCUCCGAUGCUGCUGCGCUGUGUCUGCGUGAGAAACAGCGACGGGGACGCGUAGAGAGAGAGAGAGAGACAGUGAGAAUAAAGAAAAAAGACGCGUCAGCUCCGUGCGUAAAAAGAUCCAACCCGUGCGCGGACAUGGGCGACGUGAGCGAGGACGCGCUGCUGGACUACUUCUGCUCCCGCGGAGGAAACUCGGGCAAAGUGAGGAACGCAGACAUCAUGAAGACGUUCAAGCCUUUUAUUGGCCACGGUGACGCGCAGCUGCGUGCUAAAUACAGAGAAGAAUUCAAGCUCAUCAUCGACCGAAUCGCGGUGGUGAAGUCGGAGAAUGGUGAGAAGUUCCUCGUCCUGAAGAAGAAAUACAGGCAGCAGCUGCAGGAGCGCGAUGCCAGACAUCACGACUCGGACGGGGACGGACAGAGACGUCAGAGUCCGUCCAGAACAGCAGCCGCUGCACAGUGGGACUCUUCUCCGCACCAGCACGAAAGACGGGAUGAGCGCGCGUCACGUGGGGAGGAGCAGCGGACAGGAGCAGUCACCAGGCAGCUCCCUCCACCUCCUGUCAUCCACAUCCAGGUUCCCUCAGAGCCGAGCAACGGGGACGAGGAGCUGGACAAGGAUUCAGGGUCAAAGUCCGAGUCGGAGCAGGACGAGGAGGGAACCGGCAGCUUGGGCUCCGCCGCCGUCGCCCUGGAUCCCAUAGAGAAGGAGUGGAUCUACUCGGCCGCCGGCGCUCGAGUCCCUGACCUCUCUCAGCUGCUCAGGCAGGACCCCUCGCUGGCAAACAAGAAGGACUUCACCUCUUUUACGGCUCUGCACUGGGCGGCCAAACAUGGCAACGAGGACAUGGCCGCGCUCGUGGUCAACGCCGGUGCUGAUGUCAACACCAAGUCAGUGAGUGGUUACACAGCUCUGCACAUCGCAGCGUUACACGGCCACCGGCAUAUUCUGGACCUGCUCUUACGGAGAUAUGGCGCCAAAGAAAACUUGAGGGAUUACAGCGGCCACCUUGCCUUCCACUAUCUGAACGUCAGAGAGCCAGAGGGUCCAGAGGAGGAGAUCGAGCUGCCAGAGCUUCACGUCACUCAGGCCAGGGAGCGGAACAGGAACAGGAAGUUGGUGACGCUGUUCCACUCCAAGAAGAAGUGGGGCUCGGCGGAGGAGCUGGCGCCGAUCGAGGAGGAGGAGAGGACGCCGUCGCAUCAGCUCGUCCCGCUGCCGUUCAGACCCCGAAAGUUCUCACGCUGAGGAGAAACGGUCACCGGGGAACGAUUUCUGACUCGGACAUUCUGGCUUUUACGUUCAUAUUAACACGUAACGUAACCCCCCCCCUGCAUUUACCAUGAAGUAUUAAUACUGUGUGUGUAUAUUAAUUAUGUACACACACACACACACACUCGCUGAUGCACCUCAAAGCUCGUACAAGUACUGAGCACCGAAGCUUUAACUCUGAAUAAGAAUCGUGAUGCUGCGCCUUUAAAAGUUUUAUUAAAGCCUUUAAACUUUACUUCCUGUUACUUAAUGUUACUUAUGCCUUUAAAAUAUCCAAUGAGCUCAGGCUACAGUGAUUCUUUAAACUUUCUUCACGCUUGUUUGUGCUGAGGUUCUGACGAGAAGACGACAACUGGUCCGUGGAAGUGUCCAGAGUUACAGGAUGAAGCUGGUUUUAUUCUCUAUUUUUAAACGAGUCAUUUCAUUCGCCACAGAUUUGAUGUUGUUGUUAUUUACAGCAGCAGGUGAGAGUAUGAAGGACAACGUGAAACCACAGUUCGAAGCUUCAGCUAAAAUAUUUUAACCUUCGCAUUCGACAUUGGAGCCGUUACAUUGUGAAUCUGAAUCACAGAAAAAUCCCAUUUAUUUUUCUGAACAUAGAUUUUGUUUAUCAGCCACAAAAUUGCAACCAUCAAACGUCGACUUACCAAAAACUACGAGACGGUGAAACGAUGUUAAAAGCUCUUAUUCACACCGUCGAGAAGAAGUACUACAUUACCCACAAUCCUCAGGUGUAUGAGCAGUGUCUCUGAUUGGUGAAGCUGGCUGUUAACACGGAAAUCUUUCACCAUAACCACGAGAGUCAUGUCUGCUGGGAUCAGGUGGUUCGGCGCCACAUCCCAGAACCACCAGGACUUCUCUGAAGCAGGGAUCAGUCGCAAUGCUUCAUGGGAUAUGUAGUUCCCUUAAAAUAAUUACGUGCACAGUCUUGUACCUUUUGCUUUUGCAUUUUCCAAUAUUAUUUUUGCUCCAAAUCAAAUGUGUCACGGUCACGAUUCAUCUCGUAGCUGCUUCCAGGCUCCAAACUCUUUUUAUGAGGAUUUUAUGAAACGAGAAAUUAACUUCAGUUCUAAAACUGUUUGUUUGUUUGAAGGGCUUUUGUACUGUUCAUCAUUUCCAUUUGUUGUGAUAAUUGUGUAAUCUAAUCCAAAAGGACCAGCCGCAGUUUCAUUAUUUGCACAAUAUUUAUACAAUGAAGAUAUUUUGGUAUAAAAACUGUAUUUUAUAUCAAACUGUUCACUGUUUAUUUGUUUUUUAAACUAAUAUAUGUUGCUGUGUGGCUGCUUCAAUGUUGCACGGGAAUUAUCUCAUCGUCCUCAUAAAACACAGCAGAGCAACAA